ACAAACAGAGAGUCACACACAGACACACACGCACACACCUUCGCAACUUCAGUGUGCCGGCCUGGCUUACUACAGACGGGAAGCCUCCACGCUCGCGCGGCUGUCUGCAGUGCACUUGUUAUCACAACAGAGAUGAGUGAAACUUGACCUGGAUUUCUGGCUGUGUGAGGAAUAACCUUCUCUUCAAGAGAUUAUUAAUCCAGAGCUGCCGGAUCCCUUUGGUGCCAACACAGAGAGGGGAUUUAGGGUUUGCACUGCCCUGGAUGGAGUCCAACUCUUCCACCAGAGCUGCUCAGAAGUAACCGAGGAAUACAAAAAAACAGCCUCUGUUUACACAGACUCAUCACGCUACCUCUUUUAUCUUUACCUCUGUUUUUUUUCCUCUGUGCCCCGGCCGCUUAUUAUUUGCCUCUUCGCUCCUGUCCUCGAGGGAGCUCUUAUCCCAUUAACUGGACCUAUCAGCUCAUCUUGCCACCCAUUUAUCCAUCUUAAAAUGAACUCCUCUAACUCCAUUACAUCCCUGUUCUCCUUCACCAGCCCAGCAGUGAAGCGCCUGCUUGGCUGGAAACAAGGAGAUGAGGAGGAAAAGUGGGCUGAAAAGGCUGUAGAUUCUCUGGUGAAGAAACUAAAGAAGAAGAAGGGAGCAAUGGAGGAGCUGGAGAGAGCUCUCAGCUGCCCUGGGCAGCCUAGUAAGUGUGUGACAAUUCCUCGAUCACUGGAUGGAAGGCUGCAGGUGUCCCACAGAAAGGGUCUGCCUCAUGUCAUCUACUGUAGGGUAUGGCGGUGGCCUGACCUGCAGUCCCACCACGAGCUCAAAGCCCUCGAGUGCUGUGAGUUCCCCUUCGGCUCCAAGCAGAAGGACAUAUGCGUCAACCCUUAUCACUACAGACGAGUAGAGACUCCAGUGCUGCCACCAGUUCUGGUUCCACGCCACAGCGAGUUCAACCCUCAACACAGUUUACUAGCAAAGUUUAGGAACGCCUCUCUGCACAACGAGCCGCUGAUGCCACAGAACGCAACAUACCCAGAUUCUUUCCCUCCACUGCCCUGCUCCUCUUUCUCCUCCUCCCCUCCUUCAUCCCUCGCUCAAUCCCCCACCUCACAGAGUUAUCCCAACUCCCCCAACAGCUCUGCAGAACCUGGAAGUCCAUAUCACAUCACAGCUGACACUCCUCCACCCCCAUACAGCAUGAUGGAAACAAGCUCCCAAGAGGAUGUGAAGCCAAGCAAUUCCACAGAAACCACUAAACUCACAUUUUCUGCUCCACACAGAGAUUUAAGGCCUGUGUGCUAUGAGGAGCCUGAAUACUGGUGUUCCAUAGCUUACUAUGAGCUCAACAACCGGGUAGGGGAGACUUUUCACGCCUCAGCACGUAGCGUCUUGGUGGACGGCUUCACAGACCCGUCCAACAACAAGAACCGCUUCUGCCUUGGCCUGCUUUCCAACGUCAACCGCAACUCCACCAUCGAGCACACGCGCAGGCACAUAGGCAAAGGAUUACACUUGUACUACGUGGGCGGGGAGGUGUAUGCAGAGUGUCUGAGUGACAGUAGCAUUUUCGUCCAAAGUCGCAACUGUAAUUUCCAGCAUGGCUUCCACACCACCACUGUGUGUAAGAUCCCCAGCGGCUGCAGCCUCAAAAUCUUCAACAACCAGCUGUUUGCUCAGCUUCUCGCCCAGUCUGUCAACCACGGCUUUGAGGUUGUCUACGAGCUCACUAAGAUGUGCACCAUCCGCUUGAGCUUUGUCAAGGGCUGGGGUGCUGAAUACCACCGGCAAGAUGUGACCAGCACCCCCUGCUGGAUUGAAGUGCAUCUGCAUGGGCCUCUUCAGUGGCUGGACAAGGUCCUCACACAGAUGGGCUCCCCACACAACCCCAUCUCUUCAGUGUCAUAACAUGAACCCUAACACACACUGUUUAGUGUGUGUUUGUUCUCUUCACACAGGUAGUCGUUGAUUCUGUAUGUUUUGCUUAGCUCUCUGUCCUAGGGCUCCUAUUGGCGUCUCGUAUAAAUAUGACUGUUAUAAAGCUUUGUCAUUUCAAGACACUCCACUAAAAAAGAAAAUGAAUAUCUUUUACCUUAAUAGAAGUCCUUAGUUUCAAUAUGAUGAAGCAUCUAUCCUCAUCCUCAUUUCCAUUGGGAUGCGUUAACUGAACAAAACCAGAAAAAUGGGAUAUAUCUAGGUACUCAAAUGUUAUGUAAGUGGUAUUAAAAUUCUAUGUGCUGUAUUUCCAUGUGUUGACCAAUGUUUUACUAAAUGUACUGGUUACUUUUUACUUGAUCCAUUAAAAAUGUUUUUUUUUUUUCUUUCUAAGAUUGGACUCUAAAGUUUCAGCUUUUUUCUUAUGUGUGAGAAUAAAACGUACAUCACAGUAUAAACACAAUCUGAGACAUGUUUCAGUUUUACUGUCAUAUGUUUAAUCUUUACUCAGCAGGGGAAAAUCAUUACAAAAGAGACACUGUACACUGACUUCUCUUUGCUUAUUACACAUUACCAUCAUAUCAUAUAUUUUGACUUCUUUUAACACAUUUAUAUUCCCUUAUUUGUUUUCAUUCAUAAUUUCUGGUUUGUGCUACAGCUGAAGAUAAACAUACUUAUUAAAAACAAGUCCUUGAAGCAUCACAUAGCUGAAAAGACAAUUGGUUGUCACAUUUCACAACAUUGAGAGAGAAAACACUAAAACACACAUUCAAGGUUCAACAUAAUCAUCAGGACACAACAUAAACAUGAUCACAUGAGGCUUCAGCAUUCAAUCAACUUUCAACAAUUACAUUUCAGGGCGUUCAUUAUGACAAAGAAAAAUGACAGAAGAGAGGAGAUUUUACAAAGUAACUGCAACUAAUAUGUAAAACAAUAGUGGUGAGAAAAGCUGGCUUGUAUUAAAAUUUGUUCCAAUAAUAAAAUCCCUAACAACUGAGAACCUGUUGAAGAAAUUCACAUAUUUGUUUUUAUAUAAGUUAAUCUGGCACAGUCCACCUGUAUCCCCAUGCUUUAAAUAGUUCAUUUGUUUCACUCUUUCUUGUGCAUGGCUCAC